AUGGACCCUUCUCUGGUUUUUGAUAAGGCCUUUGAAGAAGCAGAAACUUCGCGAGGCUUGAAUUCGACACAAGCUCCACCUAAUCACCCAGCUGAACCUUCUUCGGUGCUUCCCUUGCGCUGGUGUAGACCACCGAGGAACUGGCUGAAAUGCAAUGUAAGUGCUUCUUGGGGAUCUCAUAAUCGUAUGGGCGGUGCAGCAUGGAUCGUGCGAGACGCUGGUGGUAUCCCUCUAGCACAUAGUAGACGAGCAUUCUUUGGUCACACUUCGAAUAUAGAAGCAGAACUCCAGUCUCUUUUGUGGAGUAUUCGCGCGCUUAUUGACUUAACAAUCAAAUGGGUAAUCAUUGAGUCCUCACUCACUCAAGUUCGAGAGGCGCUUCUCAAACCCCAUGAGUACCCGGAAUGGCGACAUCUGAUUGAUACCAUUAGUGUCUUAUUGAAUGAAUUUGAUGGAGUGAGUUUGGAACAUGUAGUUGCUGGCAGAAACAGGAUCGCCAAUUCUAUUGCACUAAGUGUGACAAGAGAUCAUCGCUACCAAUCUUACGUAGCUACAGGUGGUCCAACAUGGCUGAGUUCCCUAUUACGAGAGGAGGAGUUGAAUUUGGUGGUUCGUGUGUAA